CUGCUGCUUCAACAGAUUCAGAAAAAAAAAAUCAUCAAAAUGUAUCGCUCUCUAGCUCUGGUAGUGCUUCUAUUGGCGGUCGCCUCGGCCCAAGACCUCCAUACGCAUCCUUGCCUGGGAGGACUCCCGCAUCCGAACUGGGUUCGCAUCGAGGGGUGCGAAAACAUGCCCUGCAAGCUGAUCCGCGGACAGGAUGUCAAUAUGUGGAUGGAAUUCACCGCCUUGUCCAGCUUCGAAGGUCUCACCACCAAGGUUAUGUCAACGGUUGGGAACGAAAUCAACCUGCCGUACCCGCUUCCAUCGGAUAAGGCCAACACUUGCAACUGGUUGGUGAACACCCGGUGCCCGAUCGACUACAGCGAGGACGUCGAGUACCAUCUGAACUUUAACGUGAGCUUCCUCUACCCGGAGGUUCCGGAUCUGAAGCUGGAAAUUAGCCUGGUUGACAACUACAACCACGUGCAGUCGUGCUUCGUCGUGGAUACGAAGGUUGUGUCGGCGUAACUUUUCAAGACUGGAAUAAAUUAGAAUGUGAUUAGUUUGUAAGGCGCAUCAAA